UGAUUUGCCGUGUUGAUUUAAUAUUCCUUCUGGAGGAAUUUAUUAAUUUAAUACUUGUAUAAUUCGCCGUAAACAAAAUUAAAUUAUAUAUCUGUUGCUAUGGGAAAACAUUUGAGUUUAAAGUUUGAUUCUAAAUCGAAUGGCCAAUUUUAUAACCUAUAACGUCAACAGUCACUAAAUAUCAAAACAAACGGGUAUCAUUCAUUAACAACACAUCGACAAUUUAAACGCUUUGACAAAAGCUUGACAAAUCAAAAGGAUGACUAUAGGCAACGCGAAAGCUUUGUACGGAAAAAAGAAAGAUCCCACAUAUCCGCCGCAAGGUGUAAGAUGCCAAAAGUGCCUUGAAUACGGACACUGGUCCUACGAAUGCAAGGGCAAACGAAAGUAUGUUCACAGAUCUUCAAGGACUCAAACAUUGAAAAAACGCCUUAAAGUAAUUGAAAAUGGACAGCAAUCGUCCACUGGCAAAGUCGGAGCGGUUAAGCAGAAGGUAAAAAGAACAGAGGAUUCAAAUAGUAGCAGCAGCAGCAGCAGUAGCAGCAGCAGCAGCAGUGGCAGCGAAUCCAGUUCAUCUGAUUCUGAGUCCAGCAGUGACUCCAGCUCAGACAGUUCCUCAUCCAGUGACAGCAGCUCAGAAUCAAGUGUGUCUGACAAGGAUUGUUAGUUAGGGUUUCUUACAAUAAAUUUAUUUUCUAAUUUUG